AUGCAGCGUGCGCAGCACAUCGGCAAGGUUGUGCUGACACAGCCGUCGCGCAUGGGCUGCCGCGCAGAUGGCACAUACCUUCUGAGUGGAGGCCUUGGCGCCCUGGGCUUAGUCACGGCAGAGAUGAUGGCGGAAGAGGGUGCCAAGUCAAUGGUGCUGCUCUCACGCCGGGGAGUCGUUAACCACGACUUGAGCGAGGCGUGGAAGAGGCUAGAGAGCUUCGACAUCGAGAUCCUGAUCAAUGCCUGCGACGUGGCCCAGAGCGGCGAGGUGGAGAGGCUGGUGACCAGCGUCACGCAAAGCUACCCAAGCUACACUCUUCGCGGUUUCAUGCACCUAGCGGCCGUGCUCGACGAUGCAACCUUACCUAAGCUCACACAAAAACACCUGGAGUCUGCCUAUGGUGCGAAGGUCUGGGGCUCACGGCACUUGCACAUGUCUCUGAAAUCCAGAGUUGCCUUGGACUUCAUGGUGCUUUUCUCCUCAACGUCCGCCCUCUUGGGGUCGCCUGGCCAGGGCAAUUAUUCUGCAGCCAACGCUGCCUUGGAUGCUUAUGCGCGGUACUGGAAGGCCAUGUGUGAGCACGUGGUCUCCGUGCAGUGGGGCCCGUGGCGAGAGCUUGGCAUGGCAGCUCAGACCGGAGCUGUGCAGCGCUUGAAGGCGCAAGGUCUCGGCAGCAUUUCAAACACAGCCCCUUGGCCAUUGCAAGCUAUUUGA